AUGUUUGGAACUAAACGCUUCAUUUUUCUGACACUUGCAAUUGGCUUUCUCUACGCAGCGCCACUUACAGCUCUCGGAUUUGUUAUGAUCGAUGACGAGCUCGUCGAUUCAUGCAGCCCGACAUCUGCCACAACGUCAUUUGCACGAAUAGCUAGAAAUUUUGGCUAUAUCAGCACUGCUAUUAUCGUUGUAAUUCUGAAUGCUUUCACCUUCUUCCUGAUUCGCAAAAAAGGAAUAAAGCGAAAAUCCUGUACGAUUUAA